CGCCCUCUUCAUCUAUCUUCACCGCUUGUGAGUUCAUCAACUGCUGCGCGGCUUCUCUGGGUCGUCCUCUCUCGCCUCUUCUGGAAUCUCUCUAGGAGCGAGGCUGCAAAGCCCACAAAAUACUACUUAACGUCAACGCACUUCGAAACGGUUCGUCAGCAGAGGAUCACGUGUAUCAAGAUGAAGGACGAGGUGCUUAUCGAGGAGAAGCCCACGUUGGCUGGCAUCGAGGUGGCCAACCCGAACCCUCUGGGCCUGACUGCCUUCGCGCUCACCGCAUUCACCAUGUCCAUGUUCAGCACGGGUCUGCUGCCAGAGUCCGUCAGCAACGUCGGCUUGGCGAUGGGCUACUUCUUCGGCGGGGCGGGGAUGCUUCUGGCGGGGCUGUGGGCGUUCUUUACGCGUAGCACCUUCGGCGCCACGGCCUACUGCUCCUACGGCUUCUACUUCCUCGCGUACACCUACUACAUGGUGGAGAUGGAGAAAGACGCGGAGAACCCCGACAAGACCCACGUGGCGCUGGGCGUGUUCCUGCUUGGGUGGACCAUCUUCACGAUCUGCAUGACCAUCAUCUCGUACAGGACGUUCCGCGCUCUGUUCAUCAUGUUCGUCUUCCUGACGUUCGAUUACUUCUUCAACAUGGUGGGUGCAUGGGCGGACUCGAAGAGCGCCACCAAGGCGGGAGGCUGGUUCGGCCUGAUGGCAGCGGCGACGGCCUUGUACUGCGCGAUGUCCAUAGUUGUAACGGACACGUGGAAGGAGGAGGUGCUGCCACUAGGACACUACAAGGCAUAGAGCCACACGUAGGAAAAAAAGAUCGGAACCAGUUUAGAGUCUUUAGACUGCAGAGACUGUGAGGUGGCUGAGUGUGUGUGACCCAUAGGACCGUAGUAGAACGUGACACAUCGCAAAAAAACAAACGACAUAGGAUUCC